AUGGACCAUCCUCUGCCCAGCGCCCCCGGCCCGACCGUCAACUCCCCAUCCGACCUGUCCUACUCCUCGGGGCCCUCUCGCACUUCCACGCGAAACACCUCUCCUGACUCUAUUGCCGCCGUCUCCCGUCACUCUUCUCCCCUCCUAGAUCUGAACCUGAAGGCCCCUAUAGAGCACACGCCCAACACCUUGCUCGAGCCCCAAACGAACAUGGACCGAAACCCCUUCCAGUCUGUCAACGAGCGCCGAAGCAAGCUCGUCACGGAUCGGGGCACCACGACGCCGUUCCAGCAGCAAGAGCAACAGCCGUUGCAGCCUCAGGCUAUACGCUCCGGCGUACAGCCGCUUGGUCCUACUCGCAGCCUCACUUCUUCCAACUGGAGAGCUCACCCAAUGGAUGAUAUGUUGCCCCAAUCUCGCAACAUGUACAGCCCCUUCGACUCGCCCAGCGCCCAUCACCACAUGCAGCAGCAGCAGGAGCAUGGCGCUUUUCGGUCUACAUCGUACCCCAGCCCUCGACCUGACCAUCUCCAGCACCACCAUACUUCCAACAUCAUGCCCUACAGUCCGAGCCUGGACACCUUCUCGGACGCCCAGCUCGACGCCAGCUAUGCCUACUGUUACGAUCGGGGCAACGGCGUCUACACUCGACUGGUCCCUGCUGACAUGCUGCCUCCGCUGCGAGAUUUGCCGAUGACCCAGCAGGGCUGUUCUGGCAUGAUCGUGCUUCCGCUGCCUCGUGCCAUGCCUCCAAACGGACGGUCAAGCAACAGCGAGCCGGCCGUCACGAGAAGCCCUCCUACGACUCCCACUUCGCCUACGGAUACCAUACAGUCCCGAAUCGACAACAUCGUCGGCUCGACCCCACCGACGCCGACGCACCACCAGCUGACCUCGCCCUCCGGCACCACCACCCCGGGCGGCACGGGACCCGGAUCCGCCUCGGGCUCGCAGUUCUACUCCCAUUCGCACGGUCACUCUCACUCGCACUCCCUCUCGCACUCACACCCGGGCGGAGGUGGCGGUGGUAUCGGAGGUCCCGGCCAGCGGCGCCCCAAGAUCUACUGCGACAAGUGGGUGCACGAGGGCGUGUGCGCCUUCACGCAGCAGGGCUGCAAGUACAAGCACGAGAUGCCGUUCGACAAGGUCACGCAGCACCAGCUGGGCCUAUUCCACGGGUUCCCCGCCUGGUGGAAGAAGCACCAGGCCGACCUGGCGCGGCAGCGCGAGGUGCCGCUUGUGGAGAGCGGUCCUGCUUCGGGAGGUGCGAGUGGUGGUGGUGCUGGUGGUAGUGGUGGAGGCUCGGGGGGCUUGGGAAUAGGUGAUGAGUCGAGAAUGGGCGGGGAGCGGUAUCUGGGACGCAGUGGCGGCGGCGGUGGUGGUGGUCUUGGUCCUGGCCCUAACUCAGGCGCUAGUAUGGGUGGUGGUGGCGGUGGUGUUCCAUCAGGAGGAGGAGGCGGCGGUGGUACUGACAGCAACAACAUCGGCGGAAGUGCUGGAGGACAAGGAAGCGACAUGAGCACCCGAGGCGUGAACAUGGGCUCCGAGCCCGGCAACCAGCUCCUAUGGCGUCGCAGCGGCGAGUACACCAACACCAGCGAUCCGCAGAUCUCCCUGGGUCCGCCCCCGUCCGUCGGUCGAAGCACCGGCCUGUCGCGCCCCGGAGGCGUGGGCCCCGGCGUCAGAAACCCAAUAGUAUCCUACGGCUCGCCCUUCGGCCCCAUCGCCCCUCCGCCUCGCUCUGCUCCGACGGCAGCACCGGCACCGCAUCCUGCGGGAGCUCCGACCUCAGAUGCCGCUGCAUCCUUCCAGCAGGUCGGCGGCGGCGGCGGAGGAGGAAAGGGACCUUCCCAGCAUCAACAGCAGCACCAGCAGAGUCCGGCUCUGCAGGCUCUACAGGCUGGCAUCAGCGGCAUCGGCCAUACCCACAACCACGGCAACAACAGCGGCAACGGCAACAUCCCCACCGCGAACCCCUAUUCUUCGCUCGAGGCCCUGGAUGAGGACGGCGGCGCCGGCGGCAACAUCAACAAUGCCGCGGACGAUGCCGGAGGUGAUGGACAUGGCGAUGGACAUGGAGCGGGAGGCAGCGGCGCGCGGCUGAGCUAG